AUGUCCAUGGGAGCUCCACCGACCGACCCGCGUCGUCAAGGUCCCCAGCCUGACGCGGCGCUCCAGCACCCGAAGCAACUGCAGAGUGCCGUUUUCGAUGCGGUGACGCGGCGUGCCAAAACGUCGUACGUGGUGAGCGCGCGCAUCUCCCCCGCGCCGCGCCCACGCACAAGAGCUGCCUGUCGCGACCGCGGCGCACACGUCCCUCGCAGAACACACGCCGAAGCGCCGCAGAAAAAACUAGCUCCGGCAGAGGUGCAGAUCCUGCAGGCGCCAAUUACCUAUUUCUGCGGGCCGCGUCGCAUUAGCGGCGCCCGGCCGUGUCGACCCCCCGGUGGCUUUUUCGUGGCUUGGCCCAAAAGGGGCAAGGCAUCCGCAGGCCGGAAGAGCCUCCCUUGUACCGAGCCUCGAUCCGUUUUACGUCAUGGUAACCGAGCAUUGUCGCGCAUCGUGGGCGGCACCAACGGGUCCGGCUGGCUCAGGGGGUGCUUACCGGCCAGCGUGUCGAUGGCAGCAUGCCCAGAGAUCGUUAAGGGAGCCGCGCUGGAGAGGUAG